AAAAAUAACGAAUUUUUGUUUCUGGUAGUUUAAAAAGCGCAUUUCUAAAGUACUGUAAACCACGAAAUCCCGAUUGAUAGAUAAGCAAACGAACGAUAAAAUAUAAAAUGACCAGCGAAAAUUUCGAUCCAGAAGAGUGUUUAUCACGUUUGAACGCCUUAUUGGAGGAAACAACCUCAGGGGUCAGUUCACAAUGUACUACUAACGAAGCUGUAAUUGUCAACCGUACACAAACCGAGAUAAUAAAUUCGAUUAAAGGAUCGUUCGGGGAUUUUUGGAACGACAAUUUAUCCACCAAACUUAUUCUCAAAGAAACCGGAGCGAAAUGCCAACAUAACGGCACGAAUAGGAGGCCGAAAAUCAAAAUGAAGAAUAUAGUUUAUGAUGCUUAUACUGAACGAGAGCAAUUGCUGAAGGAUGAUAUUAAAGAAACUAGAGAGCAUGUUAAUCUAUUAGAGUCAACUUUACUCGAUUACAAGAAAUGUUUAGCUGCAACGUUAUCGCAAUUACCACAAUGAACUUGGAAUUUUGAGUACUUUUUAACAAUUGUUUUGUAAAUAAUUAGUGUAUGUAUUCGUUCGUUGUGUAUACUCUGUAAUUAUUUGAUAUUUUCACGCUUUAUUUUAAACAUUUUAAAAUCUCUGUCAUGUUUUAUUGGUAAAUUAAAACCAAUUGUGC